GGCGAGCGCGUCUGGCUGCGCCAAGAUGAUCAGAACCUCCCCGCCACCGUCUCCUCCUGCUCGGAAGGCGUCGUCGUCUUUACCAGCGACUACGGACAGGUGUACGCGUACAAGCAGAACACGCUGACGCGUCAGAAGGUUCAGGCCAUGCACGGCAGCAGCGUGGCGGGCGUGGAGGACAUGGCGGCGCUGGAGGACCUUCACGACGGCGCCAUCAUGUACAACCUUUUCCUUCGGUAUCGCCAACGACUCAUCUACACUUACAUCGGGUCCAUCCUGGCGGCGGUGAACCCGUACCGGCCGCUGGCUGGCUUGUACGAGCGCGCGGUGGUGGAAGCGUACGCAGGACAGCACCUGGGCCAGAUCCCGCCGCACAUCUUCGCCGUGGCCAACGAAUGCUACCGCGCACUCUGGAGGAGGCCGCGCAACCAGUGCGUGCUUAUCAGCGGCGAGAGCGGUGCCGGGAAAACGGAAAGCACCAAACUGAUUCUGAAAUUCUUGUCGGCUAUGAGCCAACAUUCGCUGGACUUGUCGUCCAAGGAGAGGACGUCGCACGUGGAGGAGGCGCUACUGGAGAGCGGUCCCAUCAUGGAGGCCUUCGGUAACGCUAAGACGGUGUACAACAACAACUCCAGCCGAUUUGGGAAGUUUGUCCAGCUGCAUUUCAGCCAGAAGGGGAACAUCCAGGGUGGACGCAUCGUCGACUACCUCUUGGAGAAGAACCGAGUGGUCGGACAGAAUCCGGGCGAGAGGAAUUAUCACAUCUUCUAUGCUCUGUUAGCGGGAACCGAUGACCAACAGAAGGAUGCUUUGGGUCUGAACCCGACGUGUGCUUUCAACUACCUGACUGGCUCUGGAACAUCCCCCGACGAGACCAUCAACGACAAAGGCACUUUUCAAGAUGUUCUGAACGCUAUGCGGACGAUGCAGUUCACGGAGGCCAACGUGCACGAGAUCCUGAGAUUGCUGGCGGGAAUCUUGCACGCCGGCAACAUUCACUUCAUGACGGCCGGAGGCGCACAAAUCACGUCCAAAUCCGCUCUUAAGUGGACGGCGGAGCUCUUGGGCCUAGACCCGGAUCGGCUGGCCGAGGUUCUGACACACAGGUCCAUGAUCCUCAGGGGGGAGGAGAUCUCCACCCCGCUCACCGUGGAACAGGCAGUGGACUCGCGAGACUCCAUGGCCAUGGCGCUUUAUUCGCAGUCUUUCAACUGGAUCAUCCGCAAUCUCAAUGCUCGCAUUCGGGGGAAAGACGAUUUCAAGUCCAUCAGCAUCCUCGACAUCUUUGGAUUUGAAAACUUUGAGGUGAACCACUUCGAGCAGUUCAACAUCAACUACGCGAACGAGAAGCUUCAGGAGUAUUUCAACAAGCACAUUUUCUCGCUGGAGCAACUGGAGUACAACAAGGAAGGUCUGCCGUGGACGAACAUCGACUGGAUGGACAACGGCGAGUGUUUGGACUUGAUCGAGAAGAAACUGGGCCUGCUGGCGCUGAUCAACGAGGAGAGUCACUUCCCCAAAGCCACGGAUGACACGUUGCUGGAGAAACUGCACUGUCAGCACUCGAAAAAUCCCUUUUACGUCAAGCCUCGUGUGGCCGUUCACUACUUUGGAGUGAAACAUUACGCGGGAGAGGUGGUGUAUGACGUGAGGGGAACGUUGGAAAAGAACAGAGACACUUUCAGGGACGAUGUGCUCCACAUGCUUAGGGACAGCAGGUCCGAUUUGGUGUACGAGCUUUUCGAGCACGUGCCGAGCCGCAACAAGCAGGACACGCUCAAGAGUGGCGGCAAGCACCGAAGGCCCACCGUCAGCUCGCAUUUCAAGGACUCUUUGCACUCUCUGAUGGCGACGCUCAGCACUUCCAACCCGUUCUUCAUACGGUGUAUCAAACCCAACACGCACAAGACGCCUGACGUCUUCGACCCAGCGGUGGUUCUGAACCAGCUUAGGUACUCGGGCAUGCUGGAGACGGUGAAAAUCCGACGCGCCGGCUUUCCCAUCCGACGACCGUUCCGGGAAUUUUGCCGCCGGUACAAAGUUCUGAUGCGUGACAUUUCGACGCAAGACGACGCCAGGGGGCGCUGUGAAGAGCUGCUGCGGCACUACGACGACAGCGGCACCUUGUGGCGGAUGGGGAAGACCAAGGUGUUCCUCAGGGAACGUCUGGAACACGGUCUGGAAAAGCAGCGCGAGACGGAAGUGCUGCGCGCCGCCGCCGUUAUCCGGGCCCACAUUGCCGGCUACAUCGCCAGGAAGCAGUACCGCCGGCUGGUGCGCUGUGUGCUGCUGAUCCAGAAGAACUUCCGUGCCUUUUACUGGCGAAGGAAGUUCCUGCUGUUGCGGCAGGCGACGCUCACCCUGCAGACGCGCCUGCGGGCUGUCAUGGCCAGACGCCUGGUCGCACGCAUGUUGGACCAGAAGAAGGAGGAGCAAAGGAGAAAACAACGGGAGGAAGAAGAGGAGCGAAGGAAGAAGGCGGAAGAGGAAGAAUCCGAGAGGGAGAGACUGCGUCUGGAGGCUGAACAUCUUCCUCAAGAGACCUCGGACGCUCCUCAGACGGCCCCGGUCGUGCCUCUCGAGACAUCGGAGUUGUCGGAAGAGGACGGGCACGGUCAGGAGGCGUCCCAGGUGGAGGAGAUCCUGCGUCUGGAGCGGGAGAUCCAAUCCUUGCAGAUGAAGAAGGAGCGUCAAGAGCUCUCCCUGACCGAGGCCUCGCUCCUGCGCCUGCAGCUGCUGCGCGACCAGGAGCUGAAGCGCCUGGAGGACGAGGCCUGCCAGGCGGCGCAGCGCUUCCUGCGCUCGCUCAACUUCGACGAGAUCGACGAGUGCGUCAGGAACAUCGAGAGCUCGCUGGGCGGCCCCGAGCGGGAGGAGGAAGUGGACGAGGGCUUCGGGGCCGACGACGAGGCCUUCAAGGACUCGCCCGACCCCAGCGAGCACGGACGCUCGGACGGACAGCGCACCAGCGGCAUACGGACCAGCGACGACUCCUCCGAGGAGGACCCCUACGCCAACCGGACGCCGGCCGACGUCCUCCCGGCCGAGUCCCCGUGCGAGCUCAUCCCUCCGGACGAGGACUCGGAAGACGAAGCGGAGGCGACGGCGGCGGCGUUCUCCGCCGACUGCCGCGCUUCUUCGGGAACCUACAACAGCUCCGGAGCGUACCGCCUGGGAUCGGAAGGAGCCCAGUCAUCGUUCGAGGACAGCGAAGACGACUUUGACAGAUUGGACACGGACGACGAACUGUCAUACCGGAGGGAUUCUGUCUACAGCUGCGUCACCAUGCCGUACUUCCACAGCUUCCUGCAAAUCAAAGGCGGCCUGAUGAACACGUGGAAGCGGCGCUGGUGCGUGCUGAAGGACGAGACCUUCUUGUGGUUCCGCGCCAAGCAGGAAGCCCUCAAGCAAGGCUGGCUGCACAAGAAAGGCGGCGGCUCCUCCACGCUGUCGCGCCGGAACUGGAAGCGCCGCUGGUUCGUCCUCAGGCAGAGCAAGCUCACCUACUUUGAGAACGACGGCGAGGACAAACUCAAAGGGGUGCUGGACAUGCACGCCGCCAAGGAGGUGAUCGACAACGCCGACAAGGAGAACGGCAUCGACAUCGUCAUGCCGGAGAGGACGUACCACCUGGUGGCCGAGACGGCCGAAGACGCCAGCCAGUGGUUCAGCGUGCUCAGCCAGGUGCACGGCGCCACAGAGCAGGAAAUCGGCGAAAUGCACGACGAGCAGGCCAACCCCCAAAACGCCGUGGGAACUCUGGACGUGGGCAUGAUCGACUCUGUGUGCGCGUCAGACAAUCCCGAGAGGCCCAAUUCGUUGGUCAUCAUCACCGCCAACCGCGUGCUCCACUGCGUCGCCGACACGCCGGAGGAGAUGCACCACUGGAUCGCGCUGCUGCAGAGGUCCAAGGGCGACGCUCGCGUCGACGGCCAGGAGUUCAUCGUACGAGGUUGGCUGCACAAGGAGAUGAAAAGCGGCGGUGUCGGCAAAGCGCCGUUGAAGCUGAAGAAGCGCUGGUUCCUGCUGACGCACAAUUCGCUGGACUACUACAAGAGCUCGGAGCGCGGCGCCCUCAAGUUGGGGACGCUGGUGCUCAACAGUUUGUGCUCGGUGGUGCCGCCCGACGACAGAGUUUUCAAGGAGACCGGCUACUGGAACGUGACGGUCUACGGCCGCAAGCACUCGUACCGCCUCUAUUGCAAACUCCUCAACGAGGCGGCCCGCUGGGCCGGCGCCGUCCAAAACGUCAUCGACGCCAAAGCGCCUAUCGACACACCCACGCAGCAGCUCAUUCUUCAAAUCAAGGAAAACAGCUUGAAUUGGGAGGUCGUGGAUCAAAUCUACAGACGGAACCCCAUCCUGCGAUACAGCCAGCACCCGCUGCACUCGCCCCUCCUGCCGCUGCCUUACGGGGACGUCGGCCGGGGCGCCUACGGCACGCUGCGGGAGGAGGCGCUGAAGGCCUUCGAGCGGCUGCGGCGGCCCGAGUCGGCGGCCGACCCGGCGCCCCUGAUCCAGGGCGUCCUGCGGGCGGGCCUGGAGCUGCGCCCCCUCCGGGACGAGAUCUACUGCCAGCUGGUCAAACAGACCACGCGUCCGCCGCGGGCCGGCGACCCCGCCGACCUGGCACGCUGGAGGGUGCUAGCGUGCGCCGCCUGCGCCUUCCUGCCCUCCAGGAGCGUUCUGGCCUACGUCAAAUUCCACCUCAAAAGGACACGGGAGUCCGUCCCCGGCACGGAGGCGGAGCGCUACGCCGCCUUCGCCCUGGACGCGCUCAAGAGGACGCGCGGGCGGGAGAACGUGCCGUCGCGGGAAGAGAUCAGCGCCGUGCUGGCUCGCCGGGACAUGAGCACCGCCGUGCAUUGUCACGGCGGCGGCUGCUGCAACAUCAACUUCAACUCACACACCACCGCCGGCGAGGUGGUGGAGAAGCUGGUCCGUGGUCUGGCCAUGGAGGACAGCAAGAACAUGUUUGCGCUCUUCGAGCACAACGACGGCGUGGAAAAAGCCAUCGAGAGUCGCACCGUGGUCGCCGACGUCCUCGCCAAGUUUGAAAAAUUGGCAUCCGGUCCAGAAGAGGGCAGCACAGGCUGGAAGUUGUACUUCAAACUGUAUUGCUUCUUGGACGUAGACAACGUUCCCCAAGACAGUGUGGAGUUCGCCUUCAUGUUUGAACAGGCCCACGAAGCGGUGAUUCGCGGUCAGUACCCCGCGCCGGAAGAGACGCUUCAGUUCCUGUCGGCCUUGAGGCUCCAGUACCUCUUGGGAGACCAAAACCCCCGCACCGAUGUGCCGGAGCUGUCCCUGGUCUUCCCCUCGGCUCGGCUCCGGGCCCGCGUGGAGAACUCUGCGCGGAGCUUCGCGCCGGCCGAGCGCUCGGGCAAGCGCUCCAGUUUCCUGGAGGGAACGCUGAGACGCAGCUUCCGCAGCGGCUCGCUGGGCCGCCGCCGCUCCGAGGCGGAGAGCGGUUUGGAGGCGUGGCUGCGCGAGGAGGAGGCCGCCGUUCGAGCCGGCGUGCUGGAUAAGUGGGGCAAGCUGCGCGGCGUGGCGCCCCAGCAGGCCAUGCGCAAGUACAUGGCGCUGGUCAGGGAGUGGCCCGGCUACGGCUCCACCCUCUUCAGUGUGGAGUGCGGCGACGGCGCCUUCCCGACCGAGCUCUGGCUGGGCGUGAGCCGCGAGGCCGUCUCGGUGUACAAGCGGGGCGAGCCGUGGCCGCUGGAGGUUUUCCCCUACGAGCGCAUCCUGUCCUUCGGGGCGCCGCUCGCCAACACCUACAAGAUCGCCGUGGAGGGCCGAGAACUUGUCUUCGAAACGCAAAUGGUGAUGGACAUCGCCAAGCUGAUGAAGGCGUACGUCAGCAUGAUGGUCAAGAAGCGCUACAGCAACUGCCAGUCCCUCAGCGGCCACGGAAGCCAUUGUAGCGCCUGGUAA